AUGUCCGCUAAACGACGGAAUGGCUUGCUCUCCUCCUGUGAGCCUUGCAGACUGUCGAAACUCCGCUGUGACCACCUCACUCCCGUGUGCGGACGAUGUCUCCAGAAGGGCCAAAGCAAUGCAUGCAACUAUCAUCCAGCACCGUUGACUCGGAGUAAAAUUUUCGAUAGCCUCGAGCCUAUAAGGACUAGAAAGAAAAGUAAGAGGCCGUCUAUUUUUCGGGAAAGGGGCAAAAAACUGGCCAAUCUCCGACAAGUAUACCGAACAUCGGCUGCAAGUGACCCUGAACAAACUACUCCAAGCCAGUAUGAUAAUCCGGCCCAGAAUCAAGCUUCUAUCUUUGCUGGCGGUUUUUUUGGCCCUUCAAACUGCUUGGCCGCGUUUGAGGAGCCGGAACAUAACUGCAACUCUAGCACAAACGUGUGUGUCAAAACAGAAACGCUUCCUGUAGAUUCUGAUCAAAUCGAGUCCGGAGCGAGGAUCGUAGCUCUGUUGGAGGAUUUACCCAUUUACCACCGUUUGCUCGACUUUCGCUACUCGACCUGCAAGCCCUGGGUAUUUAGUCAAAGGCUGUCAAACGAAGUGAUCAUGCCGCUUUACGCUCUACGGGAUGAGUUGCAUCAGUUAUCAUCAAAAGCUGACAAGUCUUUGAGGAAAAACGCUUUUUCCUUGUCAAGAAAACUUUUUGAGAACACUGCCAACCCAGUAGAGUCUCGCCGAAACAUGACACCUUCUGAAUACUUCUCGUCGACUGCAAGGCGAUGGGAGACUAUUGGAUUAAUGUUUUCGUGGUUGGCUUCUGCAAUGAUGCUGAUUCCUGAUGAACAUGAAUGUCUUCAAUUAAAGGAUGGGCUGAUUGAUAAGCAUGAGCUGAAAAAUGUCGCUGUCGAGGCUGCAGAAACCUGUCUAGCCUUUUGCGAUGACGUUGGUGCUAUGACUGAUCCUUUAUCAUGGCUGCUGCUCCGGAAUACACUGAUGCUUGAUGCAGUCUAUGGACAGAGCCACUUGAGACCAUGGCGAAAAUUAGGCGACUUGGCAAACAUGGUCUUCGCUUUAGGUUGGCACCAGCCCCAAGAACCAGAUUGUCUGAAUAUUCCAUUCUUCCUCUGUGAAAUCCGCAAACGUGUCAUGGUUGCAGCAUAUGCAUUGGAUAAAGAGCUAGCUACACAUCUCGGCCGACCCCCUCGGAUUGCAUGGCAAUAUUGCAAUAUACAACUUCCUCUUGAUCUUUCCUUUGACGACAUUUUUGCUGCUUCAACUAGCGAAGACCAAGAAAAGUAUUACCUGCAGAAGAUCGGACCUGAUGGGUGGAAUAUCGACGGCCAGAUCAACUCGGGAUCUCGUGGGAGAUUGAAACUGAUGUUCUCGACGAUACGAGAAAAAAUCCUCGAGGUAUCGCUGUCGCCUCAUUCGGGUAACAAGGUCCAGAAAUUGCUGGAAAUUUAUGCGGAGCACCAGCAGAUGCGUUGGAAUUUGCCGCCAUCGCUGGAUUUCCAAUGUAACUUGCUUCCAGAGGCUACUUUCAUCAACCCCGAUUCAACAGGAGAAUCCAUUGCCAAUGUCCAUCUGGAAUUUCUCAACAACGACUUUAUGAUCUACCGUACUCUUGCAAAGCAAACAGGCAGGCUUCACUAUAUCGGCCUCCCAUGCGCCGGCGUCCUUGCACGCGAGCUUCUUCAACAAUCUCGGCACCAACAACAACAACAGCCACCUCUUCCUCGGUCCGAAAUCGUACAAAACCUGACCAUUUUCGCAUCUCAUUUAGAGAACUGUCUUGAUGCAGAGGGGAAUGACGUUAUUACCAAGAGAGGUCUCGACGCCAUUCGCGGUAUCCUUGCUCGCGUCCUUGCACCUAUGGAUGGUUCCGACACAUCCUUGUCAGCACCACAGCAUGAUACGAAUGGAAUGUCGCCGAUGGGAAGCACUGCUUUUCUGCAGCAUGGUUCAGACGUCGCUGAUGAUUUUGACCUGGAGAUGAUGGCGGAACUUGACAGCAUCGACUGGGCUCAAGAGUCGCUACUUUUGAAUUUUACAUGA